AUGAUUCACUCUAUCUCUCUCUAAAAUUUCAUUGUUUCAAGUAAGGUUACCGGCGACGUUGACCGUGAAUGAGAGCUUUUCGUAACGGAGGUGGCAACUGUUCGUCGGCGUCGAUGGAGGACCGCCGGUUAUGGAAGCACGUUCACGAUAACGUCCAUGGAAACAUUUACCUCGAUUAUCUCUCACUGAAAUUUAUUGACACUGAGCAGUUUCAAAGGCUUCGAGAUUUGAAGCAACUUGGUCUAUCACACAUGGUAUAUCCUGGAGCAGUACAUUCACGGUUUGAGCAUUCAGUUGGUGUUUAUUGGCUUGCUGGUAAUGCGAUUGAAAAACUCAAGGCAAACCAGGGCUCAGAGCUUGACAUUGAUCGUUCAGAUAUCCAGACUGUAAAACUGGCUGGUUUACUCCAUGACGUGGGCCAUGGGCCAUUUAGCCAUUUGUUUGAGCGAGAGUUUCUUCCAACGGUUCUUAAUGGCUCCAAAUGGUCACAUGAGGACAUGUCUUUAAAGAUGAUAGAUUAUAUGGUUGAUGAGCACAACAUUGAUAUAGAUGCUGGAUGCCUUAAAAAAGUGAAGGAGAUGAUCAUUGCUAGUUCUGAUAAUGCUCCAGUAAAAACUUCAAAAGAGAAGCUUUUCUUAUAUGACAUCGUUGCAAAUGGUCGAAAUGGCAUAGAUGUUGAUAAAUUUGAUUACAUUGUUCGUGACUCUCGAGCUUGUGGUCUUGGAUGCAACUUCCAGUUUGAAAGGCUGUUGGACACUAUGCAAGUCAUAGACAACGAAAUAUGUUAUCGCGCCAAGGAAUAUCUGACAGUUCACAAAUUAUUCUACACUCGUGCCGAUCUGCACCGCACAGUCUACACACAUGCAAAAGUGAAGGCAAUAGAACUCAUGUUUGUAGAUGCUCUUUUAAAGGCGGAUAAUUAUCUUCAUAUUUCGUCAUUCAUUCACGACCCGUCUCAGUACUGGAAGUUGGAUGAUUCAAUAUUGAAGACAAUUGAAACUGCUGAGGCUGAUGAGCUCAAGGAAUCAAGAGACCUGAUCCGGAGAAUCCGGAGACGGGACUUAUACCAGUUCUGCAAUGAGUUUACUGUUCCCAAGGAUAAGCUGGACCAUUUCAAAUACGUCAAUACACAAGAUAUCAUUUGUUCACAGAAAUCUGGUGACAUUACUCUGAGGGAAGAAGAUAUAGCAGUUAGCAAUGUCAAAAUUGAUUUGACACGAGGAACAAACAAUCCACUCGAAAGCAUCAACUUCUUUAAGGAUUAUGACAGUAAAGAGAAAUUCCCAAUUAGCAAAGAUCAGAUAAGUCACUUGCUGCCAGCAUGUAAUCAGGACUUGAUAGUGAGAGUCUACUCCAAAAAGCCUGAAUUGGUGGAAGUGGUUUCCGACGCUUUUGAGAAUUUCCAGGUAAAGUCAUAUGGAAUGAAAGCCCAAGUCCACGGAACUCCAGAAAGGAAGAGGCGCAGGAUGUCCUUAUAAUUGUCUCUUGCAGGUUAGAAUAGUAGGUGAAUACUUGCAAAAUAUAUACAUAUACAUCCUUGCUUUCGGAUAGAAUAAGCAACAAAAGGUAGAAAGCUCGCAAAUAUUAUUAAGAAUUCCAUCUUUUUUGUGAUCGUUCUUAACUGUCUUUUUUGCAAUACAUAUACGUUCUUAAC